GUGCUCUCUAUCUCUUCCUGUAUUUUCAUUUGCCUCCUAAUUGACCCAAAUAAAGGCUCUUUCACUGACUGACUGGGGGUGGGGGGGUCUCCCUGGCCCCGGAGGUGCACGCAGGCACACACACGCGCGCACUCGGCAGUAGCUGAGGGGAGGCGAGAGGCGAGUCCCCGUCAGACAGAGUAAUUCUCAAAUGGUACCCUAUUUAUUUUAUAGUGCAUACCUUUGACCAGGGUCUGUAAGGGUGUGGUCAAAAGUAGUGCACUGUGUAAGGGAUAGAGUGCCAUUUGCGACGGAAACCUCUCUCCUCUCCUGCAGUAAUCCCAUUUGCUAUUGUGCUUGUCCAAUCAGCGGAUACCCUCCGCUCGUCAACCGUUGACUUGACUCUCUUCCCGCUGUAGGCUACUUCCUCUCCGGUCUCUGCCCGGUGCUGUGCUGGCGCCACGGAGCUCCAGGGCCUCCCUGGUAACAAUUUCCACGUUUCGGUAAGGAUUUAUCAUUUAUAAACAGGGGAGAAUGGAGAAACCCGUUUGAGAUGGUGCUUUUAAGCUCUGGCCGGGACACACAUCAACAACGAAAAUAACCGUUUUGUUGUGCGGAGUAAUAGAACACACGUGCUCGUCGUCAACAGUAUUGACGGGUUGGACGGACGCAGGAGGACCCGUCCUAAUUGUUUUAUUCGAGUGGCCAGGAAAUGUGCAUAUUUUCUCAACUAAAAACAUCAUGCACGACAAGGCGACAGACACUCAGGCUUCGACAACGUCAAAAGUCUCCUCGUUUUACAUCGAAAACCUACUCGGCUCGAGGAAGAAUGGAGAGUCAACGUAUUUCAACCGACAGGUCAACAACAACAACAACAACAACAACAGCCAGUAUAGUAGCAGGACCGCGGAGGAGAGUAUGGAGAGGAAUGAGAUGGUCUACCCUAGCCGAGUCUUAGCGGGACAUCCCAGCCAAGUGGCCGGUCAAGAGGCAGCCUGCUCCGGCCUCGGCGCCGAGGGUUCCCCCCGGAGAGACUCCCAGUUAGAACGGUACAGAGCAGCCGUUAACGUCAAACCACUCAGUCUCAAAAGGUCCAGCAAUCCCAAAGAGGACAGUAGAUGCUCAGAUGACCGUUGCUGCUCCCACUCAGCCUGCGACCGAGACUCUGUCUCUCCCGCGGUGUCAGAAGAACCCACUGAAGGCAGCGACAAAACGGGACGGAAAACGGCGGCAACCAGCCUGACCGACGACAACGACGAGACGCAGAACGCCUUUGACGAUCAGUCGGACCCGGAAGCCCCUCUGGACCUGAGCUCUGUCCGGAAGAAGAAAACCAGAACCGUUUUUAGUCGGAGUCAGGUGUUUCAGUUGGAGUCGACGUUCGAUAUGAAACGGUACCUCAGCAGUUCUGAACGGGCAGGUAUCGCGGCCUCCCUCCAGUUAACGGAAACGCAGGUGAAAAUCUGGUUCCAGAAUCGACGGAACAAAUGGAAGAGACAGUUGGCCGCGGAUCUAGAGGCCGUAAACGUUUCCCACUCGUCCCAACGGAUAGUCAGAGUUCCGAUUCUAUAUCACGAAAACUCCACGCCCUCGACGUUUGGUUUCGACAUCAACGUGUCCCAGGUCUCCUCACCUUUGAUGAGUUUCUCAAACCCUGUGAACUAUCCCUUCUCCUCAUUCGCUCACUCCAUGAGUUUACUACGCUCGCAAAUGACCGGGUUGGUGUAAACACCAUUAUCGAGCUUUCGUUUUGUUUUUCUUCACGUCAUGUCAUUAUUUAUUCAAUUAUUGAAAAUAGAGAAUCGUGCAAUAACAAUAACUGCAAUGGCCGCAGAAAACUAUACAAGGAAAACAGUUUGAAGAAAUGACCUUUGGGCUUACAAUUGAUCGCGGUGUUUUUAAAUGUUGUAAUUGUAUUAAACUUUACACAUCUACUUUUAUUAUAUUAUCGCCACACUAGAUAAUGAUAGUGUUGUGCCGGCCCACAUUGUUAUGUUUUUUAAUACACACUUAUUUGUGCAAAGACUUUUAUAUUCAAAGCCAGUUUCUAACGUCACUUUUUUUCCCCACAAUAUAGCUCUCUAAAUAAACGAAUCACAAGAGAUGA